UCAGCCUCUCUCAACGAUCCAGACCUGAGAGCUCCAGGCAGGCACCAUGAAGGACGAGGUGGCGCUUCUAGCCACUGUCACCCUCCUAGGAGUCCUGCUGCAAGCCUACUUCUCCUGGCAGGUGAUCUGGGCGCGCAGAACCUUCCGCGUGUCGCCACCGCUCACCAACGGCCCCCCAGAGUUCGAGCGCAUCUACCGAGCCCAAGUCAACUGCAGCGAGUACUUCCCGUUGUUCCUCGCCACGCUCUGGGUCGCAGGCAUCUUCUUUCACGAAGGUGCGGCGGCCGCGUGCGGCCUCUUGUACCUAUUCGCGCGCCUCCGCUACUUCCAGGGCUACGCGCGCUCGGCCCAGCAAAGGUUGGCUCCGCUGUACGCGAGCGCGCGCGCGCUCUGGCUGCUCGUGGCGCUGGGUGCCCUGGGCCUGCUCUUCCACUUCCUCCCCACGGCGGCGCGCGCCGCGCUCCUCAGACGGCUCAGGAAGCUGCUGCCGUGGGCCUGAGAUAGAGGACGUCGGGUCGAGGAGCAGAAGAGCUGGGGCGUCUUGGACGACGGGGGAGGGGUGUGCACACCCAUCCUGGGCUCAAAUUAAAGCGCCUAUUACAGGACCGGAAUGCACUCUCUGGGUUGAAAGGGUGGCCAGUGAGGACUGUGAACCCAGAAGGGAGCCAGGCUUGGGCCUAGCAGUAGCCUAAUUGUGGGGUGGAAUAGAGGCUUGACUCAGUAGUCUCAUGCCCUGCCCCCAGUGCCUGGAGCCCACUCCCCCAAGCCCUAGACCCCCGCUCCCUCCAGGUUCUACCUGCUUGCUGUAUUCACUGGUCUCCCCUGUCCAUAUCCUCUGUCAAGGGGCCUCAACAGCCCUAUCCCUACUCUCCUGAUCAUCACAGCUGACACCAGGGACUUUUUAUCAGCACCCAAUUCCUGGUGUCUCAG